AAUGUUCGUAGGUCUUGUUGUUCGCGCGAGAUUUUACGAGAGGAUAAGUUGAGGGAACAUGGCGACGUCUAAUUUGCUAAAGAACAAAGGCUCCCUUCAGUUUGAAGAUAAAUGGGACCUGAUGCGCCCCAUAGUACUGAAGCUCCUGCGGCAGGAGUCUGUCACGAAACAACAGUGGUUUGACCUGUUCUCAGACGUCCACGCUGUGUGCCUGUGGGACGACAAAGGUCCAGCUAAGAUCCACCAGGCCCUCAAAGAGGACAUCUUAGAUUUCAUCAAACAAGCACAAGCACGGGUGCUGAGUCACCAGGAUGACACGGCGUUGCUGAAGGCGUACAUUGUGGAGUGGAGGAAGUUCUUCACACAGUGUGACAUUCUGCCCAAACCUUUCUGCCAGCUGGAGAUCACUUUGAUGGGUAAGCAAGGAAGCAACAAGAAGUCCAACAUGGAGGACAGCAUCGUCCGCAAGCUCAUGCUUGACACAUGGAACGAGUCCAUUUUCUCCAACAUUAAAAACAGGCUACAAGACAGUGCCAUGAAGCUCGUCCAUGCCGAGAGGCUGGGGGAGGCCUUUGACUCACAGCUGGUCAUCGGAGUGCGGGAGUCGUACGUAAACCUGUGCUCCAACCCCGACGACAAGCUGCAGAUCUACAGGGAUAACUUUGAAAAAGCGUAUAUGGAUUCUACUGAGAGGUUUUACAGAACACAAGCACCGGCCUACCUCCAGCAGAACGGCGUCCAAAACUACAUGAAAUAUGCUGAUUCGAAGCUGAGGGAAGAGGAGAAACGUGCCCUGCGGUACCUAGAGACGAGACGUGACUGCAACUCUGUACAAGCAUUAAUGGAGUGUUGCGUCAAUGCGCUAGUAACAUCGUUCAAGGAGACCAUCUUAGCCGAAUGUCCAGGCAUGAUCAAACGAAAUGAGACAGAGAGUGAGUACGGCAGGACUGUUCCCAACAAAGGCUCAGCCAGCUCAGAGUUGCACCUGAUGUUUUCCCUCAUGGACAAAGUGCCCAACGGCAUCGAGCCCAUGCUGAAGGACCUGGAGGAGCACAUCAUGAGUGCUGGGCUGGCCGAUAUGGUAGCGUCGGCGGAGACGAUCACCUCUGACUCAGAGAAAUACGUGGAGCAGCUGCUCACCCUGUUUAACCGCUUCAGUCGACUGGUGAAGGAGGCCUUUCAGGAUGAUCCACGCUUCCUGACUGCUAGAGACAAAGCAUAUAAAGCGGUUGUGAAUGAUGCCACGAUAUUUAAAUUAGAACUUCCCAUGAAACAGAAAGGGGUAGGGUUGAAAACUCAGCCUGAGUCCAAGUGUCCAGAGCUGCUAGCCAACUACUGUGACAUGCUCCUGAGGAAGACUCCACUCAGCAAGAAGCUCACCUCUGAAGAGAUCGAGGCCAAGCUCAAGGAAGUGCUUUUAGUCCUGAAGUAUGUCCAGAACAAAGAUGUUUUCAUGCGCUACCACAAAGCCCACCUGACCCGUCGGCUCAUCCUGGACAUCUCAGCCGACAGCGAGAUAGAGGAGAACAUGGUGGAGUGGCUCAGGGAAGUAGGAAUGCCAGCCGACUAUGUCAACAAGCUGGCGAGGAUGUUCCAAGACAUCAAGGUGUCAGAGGACCUCAACCAGUCCUUCAAAGAAAUGCAUAAACAUAACAAGCUUGCUUUACCAGCUGACUCGGUCAACAUAAAGAUCCUGAAUGCUGGAGCGUGGUCGAGGAGCAGCGAGAAGGUUUUUGUGUCUCUCCCUACGGAGCUGGAGGAUUUGAUACCUGAGGUAGAAGACUUCUAUAAGAAGAACCACAGUGGCAGGAAGCUUCACUGGCAUCACCUCAUGUCCAACGGCAUCAUAACGUUUAAGAACGAGGUGGGCCAGUAUGACCUGGAGGUGACCACCUUCCAGCUGGCGGUGCUGUUUGCCUGGAACCAGCGACCGAGGGAGCGGAUCAGCUUCGAAAACCUCAAAUUAGCCACUGAGCUGCCCGAUGCAGAGCUGCGACGCACUCUCUGGUCUCUGGUAGCUUUUCCCAAACUCAAGAGGCAGGUGUUGCUCUAUGACCCGCCGGUGUCUUCGCCAAAAGACUUUGCAGAAGGAACAUUAUUCUAUGUCAACCAGGAAUUUUCUCUCAUAAAAAAUUCCAAGGUUCAGAAAAGGGGGAAGAUCAACCUGAUCGGUCGGCUGCAGCUCACCACGGAGCGAAUGAGAGAGGAGGAGAACGAGGGCAUUGUCCAGCUCAGGAUACUAAGAACACAGGAGGCCAUCAUCCAAAUAAUGAAGAUGAGGAAGCGCAUCAACAACGCUCAGCUGCAGACGGAGCUGGUGGAAAUCCUAAAGAACAUGUUUUUACCACAGAAGAAGAUGAUCAAGGAGCAGAUUGAGUGGCUGAUAGACCAUAAGUACAUAAAGCGGGAUGAGACGGAUAUAAACACCUUCAUCUACAUGGCAUAGCAGAGCACAUUAGGACAACUUGUUCUGACUUUGGUUUCAGUGGAUCAGGCCUGAUGGACACUAGAAUACUUCCAGGCUCCCCGUCCUUUAUUUAAAAAAACAAAAAUCCUGUGCAGGGAGGCAUGAAUUUAAGACUGAGACCUAUUUAAAAAAAUUCAACUUCCUGCCUUAAAGUUGUACAGACAUAAGACAAAAACAAAAAACAAAGACCAGUUGCAGUGGGAGUCUGCACCAAGUGAUCAUAAGUAUUUUUAGUUACGGCGGGGUUCCUCUGCCGUCCAGAUGAGGCUGUUAAUCUUUAAUGGUCUGCUUGUGAUGCAGUGGUGCAUCAUCGGGGCAGCCACUAUAACACUCCUGCUCAGUGCUUGCACACUUCUGAAGGCAUGCUGACAGGAAACAGUCGAGGAACUCAAAAUACCGGCAGUCCACUUUUAAUCCACGCCAAAUCCACAUCAUCUGAACGUUGAAUAAAGCGCCGCCCGCGUCCCUCAAAGGCUGCUAUAACCUGUUUAUGGCGGCGGCUCUCUGCAGUUAAAGUGAUCAAACACUUAAUCUGGACUUUGUGUGAAUAAAUAAACGAAACAAGAUAAACACUUCACAGUUUGCAGGACUGAACCAGACAGCAAUCUAAAGCCAGCUCCAGACUCCCUCAAGCCUCUGGCCCUGGGUAACAAGCUAGAAUCCAAGUCCCUGCGACCAAAUGUACCCAGGAACAGAGGUGGGGGUGCCGGAGUGACGCCAGGAAGCCUGGGAGAGGAGGCUGAGGUCAGUAUUACACAUGGUAAAAACUACAAUUCAAAGCUAUAAGAGAGUGUACUGUGAGAUGUGAAUAAUGAAAUGAUGAAAUAAACAGCACCUUAUUAUAAAACAA